UUGAGAAGUUGGCCCACUAUGCAGUGGGCCAACUUAGAUUUAGCAGUGAGGACGAGUUUUAGGUCCGUGCUGUAAAGUCCCUGCAUUCUGUUUGUGAUCGAAAACUGAAAAAUGUUAUUGAACGGAAUGUUGCGAGUCGGUGCUCGCCAAGGUGCCCGAUUGCUGUCAUCACAGAGCGUUAUGGAGAUGCCCCCUUGUGAUUUUGAACCUCCACCAUACAAGGGUCCAACAUACCAAGAUACCAGGCAGAUACGGAAGGAUUUGCUAAGUCCGGUGAUGGUUCCGCACUUUACCAAUCCACUGCUUAUCCACGCUGGCCACAUGCAGUGGCUAUUUGAUCAUACCGGAAAAAGAUACCUUGAUUUAUUUGGAGGAAUUGUCACAGUCAGCUUGGGCCACUGCCAUCCGAAAGUCAUUGCUGCAGCAACUGAACAAAUGAACAGACUUUGGCAUACAACUCACAUUUACCUGCAUCCUAAGAUACAUGAAUAUGCAGAGCAGCUUACAAGUAAACUUCCUGAUCAUCUCAAAGUCGUCUACUUUGUUAACAGUGGUUCUGAAGCAAAUGACUUGGCAAUGAUGAUGGCCAGACUUUAUACUGGGAACUUUGACAUUAUAACUUUUAGAAAUUCUUACCAUGGUGCUUCUCCAUACACAGCUGGUCUUACAGCCCAUGGCACUUGGAAGUAUAAUUUUGCAAAUGGCUUUGGUAUUCACCAUGCUAUGAAUCCUGAUCCGUACCGAGGGCUCUGGGGUGGUUAUCGAGACUCGCCUGUGCAGUCUGUGAGAGCCAGUGAAAGCGAAGUACAUGAUGGAGUGUGCGCCUCGUCUGACAAAUACCUAGCUCAGCUUGAAGAAAUAAUGAUGUACUCUUUACCGAAAGGAAAAUUAGCAGCAUUUUUUGCUGAAUCUAUCCAGGGUGUUGGUGGAACAGUCCAGUACCCUCUAGGAUAUCUGAAGAAAGCUUUUGAACUGGUGAAAGCUAAUGGUGGAGUCUGCAUCUCUGAUGAGGUGCAGACUGGUUUUGGUCGUACUGGUGAGCAUUUCUGGGGUUUUGAAGGACAUGGUAUCAAGCCAGAUAUAGUAACAAUGGCUAAAGGUAUUGGUAACGGAUUUCCCCUUGCAGCUGUUGUCACAACAACAGAAAUAGCCAGUACUUUAAAAAAUGCUUUACACUUUAACACCUUUGGAGGGAAUCCCUUAGCCUCGGCUAUUGGCAUCUCUGUGUUGGAGGUACUCGAAAAUGAGAAAAUACAACAACGGUGUCAAGAUAUUGGAACUUAUUUUCUUCAAAGAUUAGCAGAACUUAGGGAUGAAUUUGAAAUGGUUGGAGAUGUCCGAGGGAAAGGUUUGAUGAUUGGAGUUGAAAUGGUGAAAGAUUCCACAACUCGUAAUCCUCUCAGCCCGCAAACGAUGAUGGAAAUAUGGGAUCUCUGCAAAGAUCAAGGUGUUAUCUUAGGUCGUGGUGGUUACUUUGGAAAUGUCUUCAGGAUUAAACCACCCAUGUGCAUAUCAAAGGAAGAUGUCAACUUUACUAUCAGCGUCUUGAGGAAUGUGAUACACAAAGUUCAACGAUGAUGUCUGGACAAUUUUUGUGGAACACACCAUUCACUUGUCUGCGGGAGAAAUUUCACUAACUUUGCUUUUUGAGCAACACUGUGUAUUCACCAAUUACUGUAUUUUUUCAUUAAAAUAUAUGGAGAGAGAGAGAUAUGUUGCCAAAAGAAGUUUUUAGUAAAUUUGAAUAAGUAAAUGAUUUACUAAAUAAUAAGUACUAGUACUAAUUUUCAAUAAAUAAUAAUAAUUAAAACAUUUACCACAUGCAUUUUUAUAGUAAAAAAUAUGAAAUUGUAAAGAUACAAAUUUUAUUCCCAGUGCUAUCCAUAGUUUGAGAUAUAUGUUUGUUUGAACUGUCAAGUUUGGGAAUGAACUAUUAAAAUAGGAAGUUAUAAAUGUUUUAGGGGUGUAUCUAGCCUAGUGAAGAGUAACAGUAGUAGGAGAGUAUUGUAACGUAAGGUUACUUUGUAGGGUGUUUUGGGAUGAUGAUUUGAGGUGUAUUUUUGUUUGAACUAUCAAAUUAAGCAGUGAAAUAUUAAAAUAGGCAGUUAUAAGCAUUUUAGUUUAAGAGGUAGCCUACAAGGUAUUUGGCAGUUAUAAGCCAGUUAGAAGCAUUUUUAAAGGGGAUUUUUCCAUUUCCGUAGAUUUUACAUUUCUGCAGUACGUUCUGAAACCUAUUCCCGUGUAAAAAUGCAGGAGCACUGUAUUCCAUUGGCAAAAGAAAGAAGAAUGUGAAAAAUCAACAAACUAAUCCAUUAUGACAUUAUGUAAGAGAAAAAAAUAUUUAACAUACCAAUCC